AUGACGGGCCCCGCGCGCCACCUCCACAAGAUGGUGGCCAAGAACGUGAAGUUGUUCAGGCUUGCCUGGCAGAAGACUUCGCGCUUGAUUCAGAACAAGCUACCAUCAUCACUACGACCGACUCAGGCUGAGCUCCAGCCCGUUUACGCUCGCAACGCCCCCAAACACCCGCUCCACCGUAUCGCCUAUCUCAAGCAGAGCAAAGGCCGUUGGUAUACCACCCACAGCACGAUCAAUGCCGCCGUCCGUCGCUAUACCAGCGCAGCUGCCAAAGCGGCCAAAUAUGACCGAUCGUCUUUCCCCAAAUCGACGAUUGGCAAUGCCGUCAACAGCCUUAGUGGUCGGGCGCCGUUCGCUACAACGCUCCGACCUAACCUUACCGGAGGCACCUUGAACCGGACAGCUGGCGGCUACGCCCUCGGCUCCGGCCGAGUUGGCGGGGCCAGAUACUUCUCCCACACGCCUGCUGCACCAGCACAGGUCGUACACAAUGUCUCACAAGCCGUGCGUGCCUUCCUGAUCUCUGGUCAGAAGGCGCAAUUCGACGGCGUCAACCCGCACACCGGCGAGAAGCGCUACAAGUCCGUAACUGCACUGCAAAAGGAGGUCGGACGGAAGAUGAAUUCUCUGCCAAAGGCCACACCCGGCUCAUUCAUCGAGUUCAACAUCAACCCUACCAUCACGGCCCUGACGCCGCUGACCUCCGUGGCUGGCUACAAGCACGUUGCGCAGGAGUCUUUGAACUCCGAAGGUCUCCUUGACGUUCUGUCAAUCGACUUCUCGCGGUCUCUGAAGGAGCUUGCGGCUAUCCUCAACGACCUUAAGCGCCUCUCCGAUCUUGGCGACCUACCGAUAACUUACCUCGCGUCGUCGCUACGCGUGCACUUCCCUGGCUGCGACGCAGAUACUGUGGAGCGGCUCUGCGAUGAGCUGGGUGUCCGCCGAGGCCUUGUCCGCCAGGACGAAGACUUCGACGCCUUCGCCGGCACGGAGAUUGCGCUGCUCUUCCCGUUCGCGCCAAGCAAGACGGUGUCGGAGUGCGAGUUCUUCGAGAAGCCAGUCGAGGGACGCAUCAUACAACACGAGCGCAUCGACUGGCGGAACAUGCUGUCCCCGGAGGACGAGUCUGUUGCGUCGGCGGAGUACUCAACGCUUUCCGACGACGGGCUUGCCGUCGAUGAGCUCUGCGAGGACAAUCCGUGGAUCUCGUCGCCGUCGGGAUAUGAGAGCGUGCGAAGUAGUGAGUUCGAGGAGUCGGUGCCGAGUCGGGAAGCGCAAGACUAUCAUAGCCCCUUGGAGUAUCAGGGCUUCGAGGGCAUUUAUCGCUUCAUUGAGCAGUGUGAUGCUGCAAGGCGGUAG